GGCUUUUUGGCGGGAGGCGGGAACGGGACAGUUGCUUUCUUCAUUGAAUAAUCUAAAUAAUUAAUACGAAGUGGUGUUUUGUGGUUAAUGAUCGCAUUAAGUUAGUCGGAAGACAUUCGCGAGUGUUAUUAUAUUGGAGUAUUCAAUAAACAAAGUGUAUCUGCCUAUUUUCGCUUCGUGUCAGGAAGCCGCUUCAUAACUCAAAAGUUUAUGCGGACUUUUGAGUUAAUUCGUUUGGGGUUCGGAGUAGGAGUCUACUCCGAGGGUGGGGGCUUAGGUUUCAUCAUCAUCACCUUUCAUCAUUUCAUUAAUCAUCAAGAAAAAAAAUACGUCAGACAUGGCUGUAUGGGCAUAGUUCCCUUUGCCUUACCCUUCGGGGAAAACCAAACCAAAAAAAAAAAAAUUGACGUCAUGAAGGCGGACGUCAUCUUGAAUGAGAAAUUCUUAUUUUAUUAUUUAUUUUGCUAAAUUAAACACGUUACGCUAGGCUGUCGUGUGUUUCUAAUCGUGCAUCGGCUAAAUUUAACAAAGGUGGUACAUGUUCGAAUCAAUAAUCGUGUUUUACUGAGUGUAGUGAAGGUGACGCUUUUAGCUAUUGUGUCGGUGAUGUAAUUUAGGUGAUUGGGUGGCUUCCUACUCCUAGCCACUACAAUGGAAGAAUCCUCAUUCACUAUUCCCGCCGAUGACAAUGGUGAUACUGAGCUCGAUCCUAGAAUACAGGUUGAAUUGGAGAAACUGAAUGCUGCCACCGAUGAAAUCAAUAAGCUUGAAUUGGAACUUGAUGAGUCGAUGAAAACGUUCCACCUGCUUCUGAACGAGACAUCGAGACGUCUGCAAGCGUUGACCAAGCGACUUGGUACGAGCGUGGACAAGUCGCGGCCGUACCACGAGGCUGUUGCCGCGGCCGCCGCAGCCAGGGCGGAGUGUCAGAAGGCUGCUGUGCAGUUCCAGAGGGCUAGUGAGCUCCACGCGGCAGCUAAAGAGACGGUGACGCUAGCUGAACAGAGGUUCGUGAGCAAGCAGGAUGAAUGGCAGUUCGACAGCAACUGGCAAGAAGUGCUCAACCAUGCUAUCAUCAAGGUUAUGGAUGCCGAGAAGCGCAAGGCAGAGAGCGGACGUGAGCACCAGAAGAAAGCUGCCGCGUAUAUGGCGGCUCAAGAGAAGGUGGCCCACCUAGAGGAGACCCAGAAACGUAACAUAAUAAAGUCCCGCCUCUACUUCGAGGAGAAGAAACUGUGCGACGAACAGCUUCAAACGCAGAACGAAAAGAUUGAGAAGCUUCAGCGACUCAUCGCAGACGCCAAAUUCCGAUACUCCAAAUCCUUAAAAGCCCUUGAAGAGAUAUCCGAAGAAAUCCACCGCAGAAGAGGCGAAUAUCCUCCCGGGAGAAACACCAUUCCUGUAGGCCCCCGAGAGCCAGGAGUUGGAGCUGAAAGAGAUCCAAUCCAUGAUGAAACCCAGGCGGAGAAAGAAGCAGACCACGACGAAGAUUCCAGUCUCCAAGAGCUCAGAAUGAGAGUCAGAGAACUGGCUCUUAAACCUAUAGACAGAAAGGACGUUGAGACUGACGAAGCUUGGGCUUUGGAGCUUAACGAGACGAUCAAUAAGCUGGAUCAACUUCUGAUGAUGAAGGAAAACAACCAGCAGAAGAUCAGGUCGAAAUUCACAGCGAGCUCGCCGAGGAACGCCAGUGCGCCGUCAACGAGCACUAACACUGGACUUAAAUACAAACACCCCCCAAGUGACAGUUGGAAGACGGAGUCAAACCUAAUUAGGACGAAGUCGAUAAGUCGCGAAGUCGUGUACGAACACACGAAUCCUCCUAUAAGCAAGACUGAGAAGUCAAAGAGUAUGAUGUCACUUGACGUGUUGGCUCUAGCCCGGGACACUAACAUAAUGGACAGAGAGUCCUAUUUGAAAGCUGUGAUUGAAGACAAGUCACCCACUGGCACGUACACUGAAAGCAAUUCGGACAGAAAUGAUAGCCCGGACGAAAUUUUGAUGGUCGAAUGUGACUCCAGCGACUCUACUCAGAAUCCAGUCAUAAGAAUGACAAACUCGACCAUUACUGAUAGUGAUAAUAGUUAAUUACAUGUCUUGGGCAAGUGGGGACAGUGUCUUGUGAAAUAUAAAUGUGAAAUAUUUUAUUUUUUUGAUGUGAUCCUGAGUUGUGAAUACGAAAUUUGAGUGAAAUUUUAUCAUACUUGCCAAGUAUUGUUUUAAUGUGUGUUUAAAAAUAUUAUCUAAAUAAUGCAGAGUAUUUUUAUGUUUACAUUUUAAUUGUAUUUUUAUUUUAUCAAUGAAUUGAUAAUACAUAUAAAUCGUGUAGUUUAUUCAUAGACAAGACAUUGUCUCUGAUUGGUACUUAUGUUUUGAAUGUCAAUUUUGAAUGUUAGAUUUUUUAUAGAAAAUGAAUAAAAAAUCGAAAAGCUCACUUUGUAUCGAUGUUCACUUAGAUCGUAGGUAGAUUAAUAUUUUGUUUAGUGUUGAUUAGAAUUACUUUAAGCUUUAAGGUAUUUUAUUUACACAAUAUUUAAGUUACACAAUCAAACCUUAUAUAACUUUUCUAUAUAUUAUUAAACCGUAUUUUUCAAUGGCACUUGGCCAUUACUCAUCUAUAACAAUACACAAAUUCUUAUAACACAAUACAGCCUCGGUGGUCUAGUGGUUAGAGCGAUAGGCUGACAAUGGUGUUCCGGGUUCGAUUUCCGAUGAUAACAUUGUCGAAAUCACUUUGUGAGACUGUCCUUUGUUUGGUAAAGACUUUUCAAGCUUGAAUUACCUGAUUCUCCGAAAAAUGGAUGAAUUGUUAAUGGAUGUUAUUACACAUAUAAACCUUCCCCUUGAAUCACUCUAUCUAUUAAAAAAAACCGCAUCAAAAUCUGUUGCGUAGUUUUAAAGAUUUAAGCGUACAUAUGGAUAUAGGGAAAGAAAAAGCGACUUUGUUUUAUACUAUGUAGUGAAGCUACUGGUGUACCUUUUUAUAAAUAAAUAAAUAAUAUCGUAUCUAAUAGAGAAGUUAUGUAAGGUUGAAUCUUAUCAUAUACUUAUAUAUUAUUAUACUAUAACUAUACUGACGACUGAAGAAAAAAUAUAGGCGGAAAUUGAUAUAAGUACUUAUUAUUUAUUAGUAUUUUCCUGUCGAUUCUAUGUACGCUCCGUCUAUAUUUUUCAUUCUGUUGAAUAAUAUAUUUACAUAAUUAUUCCUUAAAAGCCAUAUCAUUCCACCGACACCACUCACAAAUAACAUAUUUCCCUUUAUUUAAUUAAUGAGACACUUUCCAGGCUACGUUCACCAAAACAUAGAUGGCGUUGUACGGUCACGCACGAGCAUUAAUAUGUAUACACUUUGGUACCAUGUCACAUUAACUUUUUCGGCAAAUUGAACUGUAAGUCUCACUAAAUGUCAAAUAUGUUAGUGCGACAGAGUCUUAAAGUGGGUACAUUAUAUUGCUCAUGACUGUACAGCUUUA